CUGACCAAAACAAACGCUCUGAUUGGUCAGCUUGAAUUUAAACGAGUCAAAGGUAAAAAUUUUGACCAAUUGGAUGACGAGAAACUGUAAAUAAUGAUAAUUUAUUCAAAGUGCGCGAAAAUGGAGAUUUCACAACAAAGAAAAUGUACCCGUAACACGUAGUAAUUAUUGUGUAAGGAUAUACUACGGCUCAUUGACGAAAAUAGCGCACAGUUCUUACAAGAAAAUGUUGAAAUUUAAAGUCUCAGAUGCUUGAGCAAUAAAUUUUUCAAAUUGAACCAUUAAAAAGCAGUAAAGACUCAUUCAAAAACCAACGAUUCACAGUUUAUAGCCAUGACGCAGUCGAAAUUCCAAGUAUUCGAAACAUUAAUAUUCAAAAACCCGCGUGUUUCACGCGCGUUGAAGUAUAUUUGGCGGGAAAUGUUCAUUCUACACCUGUUUCAUAAACACUUGCCAACGUUCCGGAUUGUCUGAUUUAUAAUGAAGUCUAAGGGACGAAAACAUCCGAAAUACAAAACUUAUUAUAAUUAUAAGCUGCGUUUUAUGGAAGAACGCUUUCCCUUCUUGAAUGUACAGCAACUUAGAGCAAAGAUAAUAUCAUCUUGGGAGAGUCUUUCCUUGUUGAAGAAGAACGAGUGGUCACCUCAAAAAUGCAGCCAAAAAAAUGGCAAUUGUAAAAACACGAGGAUGCCGAGCUCUAGAAAAAGCAAAGAGCAUAUGAUCAAAAAGAGAUCUUUGAUGAUGAAGAAAACCACGGAAAAUGUACCGAAGGGACGACAAAAUAACAAAUGUCUCAUGAAAACUAUCGCUGUUUCACCAGGAAUUUCAAAUCGCGAGACUGAAAACGACGAAGCUAAAAAUGAAGAUCAAUUUUUCAAAGAGAAAGAUUUGCUGAUGAAGAAACAAGAUGAGGGUCUGAGCGAUUCUUGUAAAAACAUUAACAGCUUCGGUCAAUGGCAAUCUCUGUUCGAAGAUGGUGCUAUGAUAAAAAGCUGUGAUCAUUUCCAAAAUAGCUCUAGGAGUCAGCCUCUGUGUGGCUUAUUUGAGAAUGCACAACGACAAAGUUUUUCUCAUCAAAGAUUCCUAGGGGCGUUGAAUACAACAGAAAAUUGUGAGAUACGAGAUAUAUUUACAGCGAGCGAGGACGAUAUAUUUAUGUAGUUUCUGCUUUGUAUAUUGUAAUGGUUUGAGUUUAAAUUUAUUUUCGCACUAUAUUGUGCUAUUUGUUUGA